AUGAAGACGCUGUUGGUACUGGCAGGUCUUGUGGCCCUGGCAUUGUCAGGAGCCGUUCCGCAACAGCAGUUCAACUAUAAGACCAAAACUGUCGAUGCCGAAUUCGUAACGAAACAGAAGAAAAUAUUUGAACUUUUCUUUACUCCAAACCAAAUCGACAAAAAUGCAGAGUACUACAAAAUCGCCAAAGAAUACAACAUUGAAGCUAACAUUGAUAACUACACGAACAAGAAGGCUGUGGAAGACUUCUUAGUAUUGUACAAAUACGGAUUCUUGCCGAGAAAUCACGUUUUCUCUAUUUUCUACGACAAACAAAAGGAUGAAGCCAUCGCUCUAUUCCACCUGUUCUAUUAUGCCAAAGACUUCGAAACCUUCUACAAAACUGCCGCCUAUGCACGUGUGUACUUUAAUGAGGGACAAUUCCUGUAUGCGUACUAUAUCGCUGUGAUUCACCGCGCAGACACUAAAGGAAUAGUUCUUCCUGCUCCUUACGAACUUUACCCUGAAUUAUUUACAAACACAGAUGUUCUCUACAGAAUGCACAGCAUUAAAAUGCAAGGCGAAAUUACCGAUCCCGCAUAUGCUUCUGACUUCGGCAUAGUCCGUGAAAAUGACUACUACGUUUUUAACACUAACUAUUCCAAUUACUAUUCUUACGGUAGUGAGGAAUACAAGUUGUCUUACUUCACUGAAGACAUUGGCUUAAACUCUUACUACUACUACUUCAACUCGUAUUUCCCAUUCUGGAUGCAAGGAGACAUCUUCCCAGUAUGGAAAGAACGUCGUGGUGAAGUUUAUUUCUACUUCUACAAGCAGUUGCUUGCCCGUUACUACUUAGAACGUCUUAGCAAUGGACUAGGUGAAAUUCCAGAGUUCUCUUGGAGUAAACCAAUCAAAUCUGGCUACCUUCCUUUCCUAUCUUAUUACUACUCUUUCAUUCAACGACCUGCCUACUACCAAAUACCUUAUGAAAGCAAUGUUCAAGAGUUACAGUUCCUUGACACCUAUGAAAAAACUUUCUUGCAAUAUCUCGAGAGAGGCUACUUCAAAGCUUACAAUCAAGAAGUUGAUUUUAGCAACUCAAAGUCUGUUAACUUCGUUGGCAACUUCUGGCAAUCUAAUGCUGACUUAUACGAGAAGUUUGGACCUAGAAACUACCAACGCUCCUAUGAAGUUACUGCUCGCCGCCUUUUGGGUGCUUCUCCGGAACCAGUUGACAAAUACACCUACCUACCAACAGCGCUUGACUUCUAUCAAACCUCGCUGCGUGAUCCCGUAUUCUACCAACUUUACAGCAGAAUUUUGAAAUAUUUCAUUCAAUACAAGGAAUACGUUCCAACAUACACUCAGGAUAUGCUUCAGUACAUCGGAGUCAAGAUUAACGAUGUUAAAGUUAACAAGCUUGUCACAUAUUUCGAUUUCUUUGACUUUGAUGUUAAUAACGGUGUAUACUUCUCACCUGAACAACUGAAAACCUACAAAUUCACUCCCUUCAAAGUGCGCCAACCACGCCUGAACCACAAACCGUUCACUGUUACCGUCGAUGUUAAGUCCGACGUUGAAGGCGAUGCUGUAUUCAAGAUUUUCAUGGGUCCUAAAUACAACGGUGAAGGCUAUCCCAUAAGCUUAGAAGAUAACUGGAUGAACUUUGUUGAGCUUGACAUGUUCGUUCGCAAAUUGAAUGUUGGACAAAACAAGAUCGAGCGAAGCUCAACCGACUUCUUAUUCUACAAAGAAGAUUCAGUUCCAGUUUCUGAAAUCUAUAAGCUACUUGAACAAGGAAAAGUUCCUGCUCACAUGUCUACUGAAGCUGAAUUUAUGCCCUCAAGAUUGAUGCUACCUAAGGGAACAAAGGGAGGAUUCCCCUACCAGUUCUUCGUGAUGGUUUACCCCUACCAUGGUGUGGAAAAAGUAACCGAGCCGAUUGCAAACCUUAUUGUUGACAACAAACCGUUUGGUUAUCCAUUCGACCGCCCAGUGAACGAGGCUUACUUCAUGCAACCAAACAUGUACUUCAAGGAUGUAUUUGUGUAUAAUGAAGAUGAAAUUUACCCAUACCAGUACUCUUAUCCCUACUAUGUAGGUCACAGAACGCCAUUCACUAAGUACUAA